UGGAAACAUAGACAAAGCAAUGUGCGGACCCUGGUAACCGAGUGGCGUGUGUGAGUGUUGCAAGUGUGACUGUGAUCGUGUGUGUUGCUUUUUCAUCCCGCGAAAUCACGUGUAUAUUUUGUCCGCUCCUAAUCGGAACGUGUGACUGGCUACGCGAGAAUGUGCAAGCUAAGGACCGAUCGUAAGUGCCCGUUUUUCCUCGUAACUUCAAAGUACGCCUUCGCCGCAUUUCGUUACACAAGUCAGCUGAGCGAGGAGACAACAACGACGUGUUUUUUUUUUUCUCCUCCUCGAGUCACGUCGCACACGGGAGACGCACAACAAGGGGAGGGGGAGAGUUUCGAGUGAUGGAGCAGUUCAGGUACGCUGUGGGGAGUUUCGUGCGCGGUGUUUACGAUUCCAUCGUAGGUAUCGGUGUCGUCGUAACCCUGCAAGCCGAGCAAAACAAGAGUGCAGCGCGGAAAUCCGCUAAUGCGCAGUCCACGACGACGCUGGCCCUACGUAGGGCCGCGGUCCUGCAGGCUAGUCCAUCCUCGGGAGCUUCUUUGUCAUCAGCUGAACUUCAGCUGCAAAAUGCACCUGCUACACCCCCGUCGACCCCGAAACGGAGGGGCGAAGAGCCGCUGCUAAUAUACCGCAUAUUUCAGUGCUGUUGUCUGAACGGCGGCGUCUUCAUGUGCAGCGUGCUCGUCUUCUACAAGUUUCUGCUCCCGACCGUUCUGUCUCUCAUAGUCUCUCUCUUCGGCGACACCGAGGAGUCAUCGGCGAACACCAUUUGGAGCGGGUUGCAUCCCCUGCUCGUGUGCACCUUCCAAGCCCUCUGGGUGCUGCCGCUCUUCCUGAUGAGCAAAGUAGUGAACUGCCUCUGGUUCCAGGACAUUGCGGACAUUGCGUUCCGCUACACCACCGGCGGUCGCCAGCGGUUCCUGCCCAGCGUGAGCCGCAUCCUGUCGGACAUUUUGUUCAGCGUUCUCGUUCAGACGCUGUUCCUCAUCCAGUCGCUGAUCGUGGGCGCCCUGCCGGUCGGGAGGGUGAGCGAGCUCGUCAGCCUGGUGCACCUGAGCAUGCUGAACUCGCUCUACGCCUUCGAGUACGUCUGGUUCAGCCGCGGCUGGGAACUGCACCGAAGGCUCUCGUUCAUCGAGGAGAACUGGCCGUACUUUGUCGGGUUCGGACUCCCGCUAGCGGUCAUCACGUCCUGGUUCGAGUCCUACCUCCUGAGCGGCUCAUUCUUCUCGGUACUGUUCCCGCUCUUCAUCCUGAGCGCCUCCGGGGUGACGCCCGCCACUGGAACCACUAGGUAUCCUCUCAAGCUCUUUUCUCCGUCCAUAUGGGUGGCUAAUGCCAUUUUCCAUCGGCUGACCGCAAACUGCACUGCCAAACCGCUUGUUCGACCUGCAGUUCCGCAGCAAAAGCGGGCAACCACCCGCGAGCUCCGCAAGAAGUCGGCGUCACUACGUACGUCGCCACGGACAUCACGCCCGAGGACCGCUGCCACGCCCAGCUGAUGGAUUCACCCGGCAACUCUGCGGCCUUCCUGACAUUUCCCCGCACAAAGCUGCAGUCUGAGAGCCGCAUUCGUAAACCGCCACGCCGUUCACGAAUGCGAUUACUUCACUCCGCAGCAUUGACACGGCGCUUGCCACAGCCACGAGGUCUAGGGUGCUGCAAGGUUGAGGUGGCUGCCACAAUCUGUGGGCAUCAUGACUGGAUGGGUGUCGCCCCUCUUGGGACUGUGCGACACGCCCGGCUUUGUUCAUGGGCACCUUAGUUUUUAACAGGUUUUUAAUUAUUUGACUCGUCAUUUGAGGUGUGUCAGCCUUGAAAUGUGCCCUUGACUGCCACAGACAAACUUUCUUUUUUUUAUUUAAGCAGGGCGUUUCACGACGCUCUUCAUAAGUAAGGUCUCGGCUGUCGCUGCUACUUUGCAACAAUGAAACAGAGACAUUCAAUCACUACUGCAAGCAGCCACAUGCGCACAAUAUACAGGACACUGUAGAGAUUAUGUUCCUUGAUUCCUUUUGAACAAGGGAUCUUUUAUGAACUACGGUUGCUGAAAUAAAAGUGCACAUUUUAUUGUUUUUA